AUGAAUGCGGAUGUCCCCCAGGGAACUAAACUCGGUCCAAUUCUGUUUUUGGCGAUGAUAAAUGAUCUCGAUGUGAAACCACACGCAACGGAUAUUUGGAAAUUUGUGGAUGACAUAUCAACAUCUGAAAAUAUCACAAAGGGCAGCAAUUCAAAGUUUCAGUUCUGUAUUGAUACUAUAAAUUCUUGGGCUUCGUGCAACCUUAUGAAACUUAACCCCCAAAAGUGCGAAGAACUACGCAUUUACUUUCUGCGGGAAUCACCUGAUCUAUCACCAUUGUUGAUCGACGGUCAUGCGCUUGAG